UUACGUUAUAAGAUAUCACUAUAUUUGAAAAUGGAAGAUCUUAUCAGGAAAAAAAUUCAGGAUCGAUUUAAUCCGAAAGAGCUCGAGGUCAUCGUGAUUAGUGCGGAGGAGGCGAAGUACAGCGUUCACAUCGUUUCCGACGCAUUUCAGAACCUCAAAGUGUUUGAGCGCCAUCGCAUGGUGAACGACUUGUUCGAGCCCGAACUUUCCUCGGAGGCUAUUCAUUCCUUAUCGAUCAAUGCAAAGCCGCCACCAGCUGCAGCGUCUAAUCCAUCGUGAUGAAUUGAGAAUGCGGUGUAUUUUAGCCCGUUAUUUACUUUGAAAGAUCCCUAUAAUAAUGCCAGUGAAGUUAGCACUAAUAAAAUGUGCAUGUUGGUAAUUCCGAUAUUGGUUAUUCUUUGAUUCAUCGAGUUGCUACCUUUG